AUGUCAGAUCCAACUGACGACCACCACCAGCACCUCCCCGCAAACCCCGAAGACCGCAAAGCCGCCGCAGCGCUGUCCUCGCUCAACGAUGACCUCGGCAGUCGAGACCCCACCGCGGACCAGGAAGCGCUCGGGAAAGCGAUGAGUCGGUUGGAGAUUGCGGCGGGUCAGGGUGGGCAUACAGGUGGGAAUGCUACUGCUAGCGCGGGGCAGACAAAGACAGAGCCUCAGGUGCAAGUGAAGGUGGCCAAGGUUAAGGCGGGGGAUGUCAAUCUGUUGGUGAGGGAAUUGGAUCUGAGCCAGGUCAAAGCGACGGAGCUGUUGAAGGCGAAUGAGGGAGAUGUAAAGAAGGCUAUACAGGCUUUUAUUGCAGUUGCCUAG